GUGUCCAUCAAACAAACAAUCCCUAAGUAGUCCUGAAUCCAGAAAAAAGUUCAGUAUAAAUUGAGCAGCCCAACUCGGCGACGGCGACGGCGACGGGACAAGUUGUUGGGUUUGCAAAACUGUAUGAAUCUUCUCUCUCAUCUGAGCACAGUGAUAGAGUGUUUUGUUUUCAGUUCUUUGUUUAUACAUUGGAGAAUCAAUGGGUUCUUCGUCAACGGACACUUUUCCCCAAAUUCAGGAAACUUUGAUGGAAUUUCGUGCUGGUAAAAUGCUCAUGGAGGGCAAAAAGGUUAUCCCUGAUUCACGGAAAGGACUUGUUCGUAUAGGCAGGGGUGAAGAGGGACUACUCCAUUUUCAGUGGCUUGACCGUAAUCUCAACAUUGUUGAAGAUGAUCAGAUUGUUUUCCCAGAGGAGGCAGUCUUUGAGAAGGUCAAUCAAUCAUCUGGAAGGGUUUACAUUUUGAAGUUCUGUACCGACGAUAGAAGGCUUUUCUUUUGGAUGCAGGAGCCAGCAGCUGACAAUGAUGCACAGUUAUGUAGCUCAGUCAACUUCUACUUGAAUCAACCACUAGAGUUUCCUGUUGAAGAUGAGCCUGAAGCUUCAGCUCCUUUACCAAAUUCUGAAGAUAUGGUAGAAGAAGAUAUUUCAUCGAGGGCGGGAAAUUUGGUUAGUGCAAGCAUGAAUACUGAAGCAAGUAGCGAUGUGACAUCUUCAGGCCCAGUAAAGUUGUCUGAUCUUCAAAGAAUAUUGAGUAAUAUAGGGUCCACAGAUGAAGCUGUAGAUCCUGAUGCAGGUCUUCUGAGAGAUCUCUCUGGUUCAUCAAUAACAUGCACCAAUAACAGUUGGUUGUUGGCCAGCCAUAUCAUCGUGCACUGGAGCAUUGAUAUCAGACUGGUCACUUUGAGAUUGGGAUUGGGAGAUAUUUUGAGGCCUGAGCUCAUAUUACCACUGAUAGAGGAAAUACCACUAGAAGAACAACUAGCUUCACACUUGCCUGAGGGUCAUUGGACACCAUAUGAAUUAAUGGAAUUGCUACAGAGUCCUCCAUUCCGUCAGCAGUUAGAUUCAUUUACUUAUGUUCUUCGAACUGGACAAAUAGAUCUGACUCAGUUUGGAAUUGAUCCAAGUCAAUAUAAGUUGACGGUUCCAUCUUUUCUGGAGGCCCUAGAAGAUUCUGUUUCCAAGGGAUCAGGUUCCAAUGAAUCAAGGCAGGAUGAGAAGGAUUUAAGAUCUCAAACGUGCAACAGAAGUGAUCCCAUGGAUGAAGGGCAUUAAGAUAAACAGUGCAAAUCAAGACUCUUGUGAAGUGAUCACAAUGUUUACUUAAAAGAAAUGAUUUUCAGAUGAUGUGAACAUGUUACUUACAAGCACUGUAAAGAAGUAUUUAUUCAGGGUGACAUAAGUUGUGUAUUGUUAGAGGUGAUAGACAUUCAAGUCAUUUCCAAUUAUGUGUCCAUGUAUGAUGUUUCAACACCAAAGUUUGAGAUUCUAUCACUUUAUUCAUUGGAUCUCGAAAUUGUCUUUUUCCUCCCA